AUGAUGAACGGGACGGACCUGAAGAAAGCCGCCAUCAACCAGGCCAAGAAGGUUGCGACCACCGCCGCCCUCGCGGCCAACGGCAACGGUCAGAAGAAGCGGCGAAAAGGCGACAACCUCAAACCCAUCAUCACCACAGACAGCGCGGCGUCGUCGAGUCUUCACGACAGCCCCACCCAAGCAGAGCCCGAAUCCCCCUCCUCCUCCACCUCCGAAGACGACCCCGCCGAGACGACGGCAGACGAAGAGGACUCGGAAGACUACUGCAAGGGCGGAUACCACCCGGUCCAUGUCGGCGAAACAUACAACAAUGGCAAAUACGUCGUGGUGCGCAAGUUGGGGUGGGGUCACUUCUCGACCGUCUGGUUGUCACGAGAUACUGCCACUGGGAAACACGUCGCGCUCAAGGUGGUCAGAUCGGCGGCACACUACACCGAGACCGCCAUAGACGAGAUCAAACUAUUAAACAAGGUUGUCCAAGCCAAUCCGAACCAUCCUGGCCGCAGAUAUGUGGUCAGUCUCCUCGAUUCCUUCGAACACAAAGGCCCCAACGGCGUGCACGUAUGUAUGGUGUUUGAAGUGUUGGGUGAGAACCUGCUGGGCUUGAUCAAGCGCUGGAACCACCGGGGUAUCCCGAUGCCCCUGGUGAAGCAGAUCACCAAGCAGGUCCUCCUCGGGUUGGACUACUUGCACCGCGAAUGUGGCAUCAUCCACACAGAUUUGAAACCGGAGAAUGUUCUGAUCGAGAUCGGGGAUGUCGAGCAAAUUGUUAAAGCUUUCGUGAAAGACGAGAAAGAACCGACAAAGGACGACAACAGAAAUGGGCGAAGACGAAGACGGACGCUGAUCACCGGCAGCCAGCCGCUGCCGAGCCCACUGAAUGCCAGUUUCACGAACCUGGACAAGUUGGGUGGCCAUGGCCACCAUCAGCCCAGCAGCCUCAAUCAGGUCAUCAAUGAUUCCGUCUCCAACAAAUCAGCAGAGGGCCUCUCGAUGCUUGAGCAAUUGAAAAUGAAAUCGAAGGAGAACAAGCCGAACGAGGAGCAGACGGCAAGCGGGAAGACGAGAGAAGGCACGACAGACCCGCUCGAGAAGGACCUGGCCGGAGUCUCCCUGGACAGCAAGAAGUCGACCGACGCGGAAAAGGUGUUGAAGGCGGCCAAGAACGAGGACGAUCCCGUGGGCGAGAUCAUUUCUGUCAAGAUUGCCGACUUGGGCAAUGCUUGUUGGGUCGGUCACCACUUUACAAACGACAUUCAGACGCGACAGUAUCGGUCGCCGGAGGUGAUCCUGGGCGCCAAAUGGGGUGCCAGUACGGAUGUGUGGAGUAUGGCAUGCAUGGUAUUCGAACUCAUUACUGGAGACUAUCUCUUUGAUCCGCAAUCAGGAACAAAGUACGGCAAAGAUGACGACCACAUCGCACAAAUAAUCGAGCUCCUCGGCCCCUUUCCCAAAUCUCUGUGUCUCUCCGGGAAGUGGUCCCAAGAAAUCUUCAACCGCAAAGGCGAAUUGCGCAACAUUCAUCGAUUACGACACUGGGCCCUGCCCGAUGUCCUCCGGGAGAAGUAUCAUUUCUCGGUCGAGGAAGCCAAGAAGAUUGGUGAUUUUCUGACCCCCAUGCUCGAGUUACCGCCGGAAGCGCGCGCGAAUGCCGGCGGCAUGUCGAACUCGGAGUUCUUGAAAGGCGUCAAGGGCAUGGAGAAUGUGAACCUCGAUAUCCCUCCGGGUUCCAAAGGCGAAGGAAUCGAAGGCUGGGCAUGUGAGGUCAAAAAGCGGUGA